CGGGUUAAAAACGGCUCCAAACAGAGAAAGUUCCUCCAGCGGCUCCUCGUGGAGGACCAGAGUCUGUCUGUCUGUCAGAACCACCCUAACCUCCAGCACGUGGACCCGGUCCACCUUCAGCAGCGGGGAUGUCGACCACCACUCAGAAGCAUCGGGACUUUGUCGGUGAGCCGAUGGGAGAUAAGCCGGUGACGUCUCUGUCGGGCAUCGGAGAGAUUCUGGGGGAGAAACUGAGGCAGCAGGGCUUUGACAAGGCCUACGUGGUUCUGGGUCAGUUCCUGCUGCUGAGGAAAGACACUGAGAUGUUCACCGAGUGGCUGAGAGACGCCAGCGGAGCGAACUCCCGUCAGGCCGGACUCUGCUCUGAGUGUCUGAGGGAGUGGUGUGAUGCCUUCCUCUGAGACCCCGCCUCCUCACACUAGACCCCGCCUCUUCCUGCUCCUGAAGCUCCAAUCAUCGGUGUUGGCUUUAAAGCAUGUUUUCAGGUGAAUCUUCACGCUGUGACCUCGCAGGUUGUUUACCUGUUUUAAUGAGUCGUUAUGUUUUGGGAAAGUUUACAAAAUAAAAGCUUUGUGUC